GAUGGCUCCGGAGGUGAUCCUGGCCAUGGACGAGGGCCAGUACGACGGCAAGGUGGACGUCUGGUCGCUGGGCAUCACCUCCAUCGAGCUGGCGGAGAGGAAGCCCCCGCUCUUCAACAUGAACGCUAUGAGUGCCUUAUACCACAUCGCCCAGAACGAAAGCCCCAUCCUCCAGUCCAACCACUGGUCUGAUUCCUUCCGCAACUUUGUUGACUCCUGCCUCCAGAAGAUUCCCCAGGACCGCCCUACCUCGGACGUGCUGCUCAAUCAUCGGUUCUUGUGCCGUGAGCGUCCGCUGACAGUCGUCAUGGACCUGAUCGCCCGGACCAAGGACGCCGUGAGGGAGCUGGACAACCUGCAGUACCGCAAGAUGAAGAAGAUCCUCUUCCAGGAGACGCAGCAGAACGGCCCCGUGUCCGAGGGGGGGGAGGACGAGGAGGAGGUGGAGCAGUACCUGCUGCGGACCGGCACCGUGAACAGCAUGGAGAGCUCCCAGUCGGUGCCCAGCAUGUCGAUCUCAGCCAGCUCCCAGAGCAGCUCCGUCAACAGCCUGGCCGACGCCUCGGACGACAGCAGCAGCGAGAUGGCCAUGAUGCAGGAGGGCGAGCACACCGUCACCUCCAACAGCUCCAUCAUCCACCGGCCCACGGGUCAGGAUAACAUCUACGAUGACCCGUACCAGCCGGAGAUGGACCAGCCUCAGGCUCCCUCGGCUGGGCGCCGCCGGGCCUACUACCGCAACCGGGACCACUUCGCCACCAUCCGGACCGCCUCCUUGGUGACCCGUCAGAUCCAGGAACACGAGCAGGGCUCGGCGCUGCGGGAGCAGAUGUCCGGCUACAAGCGCAUGCGGCGGCAGCACCAGAAGCAGCUGAUGGGACUGGAGAACAAGCUGAAGGCGGAGAUGGACGAGCACCAGCUGAAGCUGGACAAAGAGCUGGAGAACCAGAGGAACAGCUUCUCCACCGAGGCCGACAAGCUGGCCAAGAAGCACCAGGCCAUCCUGGAGAAAGAGACGAAAGCCGCUCUGGCAGAAGAGAAGAAGUUCCAGCAGCACAUCCUGGGCCAGCAGAAGAAAGAACUGACCAGUCUACUGGACUCCCAGAAACGCCAGUACCGCCAGCGCAAGGACCAGCUGAAGGAGGUCAGAGCCCAGGGUCUCUACUAAGUUACUCUCAUACUUCCCUGGUUGUAUAAAGACUAGAUCUUCAAUCCAC